CCUAGUAAAACAGAAAACGGUAGGGGAGUCAAAACUCAGAAGCCCAAAGCCGAGUGUGUGAAGAACCGAGUCAGCGAGGGUUUUCCCAUUUUCCCUCAUUAUUAUUAAAUUAAAUAAAGAAGGCCCAAAACGCAAUGUUAUGCUCCUCCUCCCUAGCUCUUCUCCUCCCGCCGGCCUCUUCGCCCUCACUGCUCUCCUUCCGUCGCCUCUCUCGUCUCCGCGCUUCCCCUCUCCCCGCCGCCGUGAAGCUCUCCCCCUGUUGAGCUUCUGUUGCAAUUCGAGGAAGCUCAUUUUCGUUGUAUUGUUGAUUGCGAAACUAGGCAGGCCUGUCGAGAGUGACUUCAAGGACGCUUGCAUUUUCUGCUAGGACGGAAUCGAUUUCCACCAUGGCCAAUGAUGAGGAGAAUGUUGGUAAUGUGAAGAAACUGUUAGCGAGAGUGUUUGAAUUGUCGCUUCAAGCGACGGUCCCUGACGAGACCGAUGUGGAACCCAUAGUUACUGCAAGCACGGUGGGCAGAUUUGGAGACUACCAGUGUAAUAAUGCAAUGGGACUUUUCUCUAAACUUAAAGGAAAAGGAGGUGGUCAGUUUAGGGGACCCCCGGCAGUUGGACAGGCUAUCAUGAAAAAUCUCCCUCAGACAGAGAUGAUAGAAUCAUGCUUCGUUGCUGGGCCUGGAUUUGUGAAUGUUGUGUUAUCAAAUAAGUGGAUGGCUAAGAGCAUCCUAAAAAUGCUCCUCGACGGGAUUGAUACUUGGGCACCUAAGUUAUCAAUUAAGAGGGCAGUGGUUGACUUUUCAUCGCCAAAUAUUGCCAAAGAAAUGCAUGUCGGUCACUUGCGAUCUACAAUUAUUGGAGACACAAUUGCCCGCAUGCUUGAGUUCUCACACGUUGAUGUUCUUAGGCGAAACCAUGUUGGUGACUGGGGAACCCAGUUUGGCAUGUUGAUAGAACACCUCUUCGAGAAGUUUCCUAACAUUGAGGCAGUUAAUGAAACAGCAAUUGGAGACCUACAGGCAUUCUAUAAGGCAUCAAAACAGAGGUUUGAUGAUGAUUCUGAAUUUAAAGAGCGGGCACAGAAAGCAGUUGUUCGCCUCCAGGGUGGUGAAAAGAGGUACAGAGAUGCUUGGGCUCAGAUCUGUGCAAUCAGUAGGAGGGAGUUCGACAGUGUCUACAAAAGACUCAAAGUUGAGCUAGAGGAAAAGGGUGAAAGCUUCUACAAUCCCUUCAUACCUUCAGUUAUAGAGGGUCUGACCAAUCAAGGGUUGGUUGAAGAAAGUGAGGGUGCCCGUGUAAUUUUUCUCGAAGGAUUCAAUAUUCCUCUUAUUGUUGUUAAGAGCGAUGGUGGUUACAACUAUGCUUCGACCGAUCUGACUGCACUUUGGUAUCGCCUUAAUGAAGAGAAAGCUGAAUGGAUUAUCUACGUUACUGAUGUGGGUCAGCAGCAGCACUUUGAGAUGGUAUUCAAGGCUGCUAAGAUUGCGGGUUGGCUCCCUACUGAGGCAAAUAAGUAUCCUAGAACUAGUCAUGUUGGUUUUGGGCUUGUUCUUGGAGAAGAUGGCAAACGAUUCAGAACUCGAUCUACAGAAGUUGUUCGGUUAGUUGAUUUGCUGGAUGAAGCCAAGAGUCGAAGUAAAGCAGUGCUUGAAGAGCGUGAAAAAGAUAAAGAUUGGACAAAGGAGGAGAUUGACCAAACUGCUGAAGCAGUUGGUUAUGGCGCUGUGAAGUAUGCGGACUUGAAGAACAAUCGGUUGACUAAUUAUACUUUCAAUUUCGACCAAAUGCUUAGUGAUAAGGGAAACACGGCUGUUUAUUUGCUCUAUGCACAUGCUAGGAUCUGUUCCAUCAUCAGAAAGUCCGGCAAAGAUGUUGAGGAGUUGAAGAAAACUGGAGUUUUGUCGUUGGAGCAUCAGGAUGAGCGUGUUCUGGGGCUUCAUCUACUUCGAUUUUCUGAGAUUGUGGAAGAGGCAUGUACCAACCUACUGCCGAACAUCCUUUGUGAAUACCUCUACAACUUAUCUGAAAACUUCAGCAAAUUCUACUCCAACUGUCAGGUGAUUGGGUCGGCGGAGGAAACAAGCAGGUUGUUGCUGUGUGAAGCAACAGCAAUGGUGAUGAGGAAAUGCUUCUUCCUUCUAGGAAUUACUCCUGUCUACAAGAUAUAAAAUUUUAGUCCUCGACCGCCUCCCUAUUUCGCCAUAGGGAGAUAAUAGAGGAGGUUUAUGAGAUGAGAAAAAUGUAUUGAAUAGGGGUUUGACGAUGCUACCGACCAGAUCUUCUCCGUGGUAUCGACAAACGAAAGUGCUCAUAGGCCAUAGCUGCUCAGUUUCUUUCUGUUGCGUUCGCGUUACACUUCAGCUAUCAUCAAAUCUUGAAAGUUGGCCAUGGUGUUAGCAGACUCCAUCGAAACUCGAACGCGUGAGACUAAAUUUUGUGGUAUAAAACUAUAGCCAAUCGAACUGCA